AUGUGCAGUAAAACAUCGAACAUGAAAGCAGUCGCCUACUGGAUGGCGAUCCUUGGUGGUGGUGGUGGUGGUGGUGGUGGUGGUGGUGGUGGUGGUGGUGGUGGUGGUGGUGGUGGUGGUGGUGGAAAAAUGAAGGCCAAUUUAAAAGUCUUCACAUCCAGGACGGUGGGCGACGGAGGUGGAAGGGGAGGGGAAAAGAUUAAAAAGAGGUUAAAAAUCCCAGAGCCUAUUCUCCUUUCAACUAGUAAAUGGCUCAUUUUGGACGACUGA